GCUUACAAUAUGACACGUACAGUUACAAUUUGCUCCAAUUUAUUCAUGCACUAAUGACCUAAGUGAUACUACAAGGCGAAAAUAUCUUUGAAUGCAUUUCGCUUAUCUGAACUAUUUAUUCAUCAUCAAACACGAGAUGAACUAUUACGCAAUAAUUCUACUUCCUUAUUUAAGAAGACUAUAAAAGCCUGACUGUUUGAAUUGUUUUCGCUGUCAGCUAAUAAUCAUUUGAGUAGCUUUUCUGAAGGAUUGAUAUUUUCAGAUUUUCAAAGAAUGCCUCUGAAAGUGCUGUUAACGACAGUCUACUUGGUUUUCGUCUUUCUUUGUAACAAUCAAGUAACAUCGACUGGUAUUUACAGCCUUCGUUAUUAUGGCUAUAAUACACCAAUGGAGGUUGAACGCAGAUAUGAUGCAGAUUUAUUUUUGAAGGGAACAGAAACCUCACCGAAUAAUAUCACUGGGGUGACGACAAACGAAGCAGUUAACAAAUCAUCAAAGAAUAUACGGUUACCACAAACUGUAUUUCCACGCUUCUAUGAUCUACAGCUUCAAGUUCAUAUUCAUGGAAAUGCAGAUACUAAAGACUCCUAUUUUAAUGGAUCUGUCACCAUAGAGAUUCAGUGUUUAGCAGCAACUGCAGAACUCUUUAUUCAUGCUUAUCCCAAUCUCAAUGUCAGUAGGGAUCAAAUCAAAAUAUUUUCAGACGAUAAGGAAGAUUCAAAGAAGACGGAAAUUCCAAUACAGACGAUAUCCUACGAUAAAGACGCUGAAUGGUACCAUAUACAGUUAAAAGAUGCACUACAGCCCAAUGCAAGUUAUAAACUGAUAUUUGGUCAAUUUAAUUCUUCACUAAACUACGAACCGCUAGGAUUUUAUCUGAGUCGGUAUGCAGAAAAUGGAACCUAUAAGUACUUAGCAAACACACAAUUUGAGUCAACUUAUGCAAGACGUGUAUUUCCUUGUUGGGAUGAACCUGGAUUUAAGGCCGUGUUUCAGGAUCUAGAAUGGAUGUCAGGUCACCAUCAUACGCCACAAGGAUUUUAUACACUUUCAAAUAUGCCUGUUAACAACACGGUGGCGCUUCACGCUGACUGGCGUCGAGAUCAGUUUCAACCCAGUGUAAAGAUGUCUUCAUAUCUGUUGGCAUUUGUAAUUUGCCAAUUUCAUGGACUUCGUGCUGUAGAUUCAAAGGGAAGAAAUUUUACUGUUUGGGCAAGACCAGAGAAAAUUGAAUCAGCCAGGUAUGCUUUGGAUAUCGGUAGAAGAAUUCUUACAUACUUUGAAGAUUACUUUGGAGUUCCUUACCCACUUCCAAAAAUGGAUAUGGUUGCACUUCCCAACUUUAAGGCUCACGCAAUGGAAAACUGGGGUCUAAUAACAUUUAUAGAAAGUUCACUGUUGUGGGAUCCGUAUACUGGUUCAGCUGCAUCGAAGGAAUGGGUGACAGUUGUUAUUAUUCAUGAAUUGGCUCAUCAAUGGUUUGGUGACUUAGUGACGAUGAAGUGGUGGAACAACCUCUGGUUAAAUGAAGGUUUUGCAAGUUUUCUUGAAUACACUGGUACAGACUUUGUUCAACCACAUUGGAAAUACGAUGAACGAUUCAUAUUUACCGAUUUGCAAAGAGCAAUGAUCUCAGAUGCCUCCAUCAAAUCUCAUCCUGUUAUUAAUUCAGCUAAAUCUCCAGACGAGAUCGAGGACAUUUUUGAUCCAAUAACAUACAGUAAGGGUGCUUCGUUAAUCCGGAUGAUGAAGUCAUUUCUUGGAGAUGAUGUCUUCUUAAAUGGCUUGAAGAUCUACUUACAAGAAAACAAAUAUAAAAAUACGGACGCGGAAGAUCUAUGGAAGGCGUUGGAUCGUGCGGUCAAAAGUGUCAAUAAAGACAUCGACAUCAAAUCAAUCAUGGAUACUUGGACAAAGCAAAUGAAUUAUCCAAUUUUGAUUGUUAACCGAAGUGAUUCCAACACCUUCGAUUUCAAACAGAUUCAUUUCUAUGAGUCGUCUAAUGAUACUCUUUCGCCAUCCCCAUACAAUUUCACUUGGAAAAUCCCCAUUACUUACACGACAAAGGAUGGGUCAGCGAAUGAAAUCAUAUGGAUGAACAACGCUACUCUGAAGAUGGAGCUCAACGUUAUGCCAAAUGACUGGUACAUAAUCAAUAUUGGACAGAUUGGAUAUUAUAGAGUUCAUUACGUUGACAAUAAUUGGGAAUUACUGAUAGAUGAAUUACUCAAAAACUAUAGGAGUAUUCCAGAUUCUGCACGUCCACAGAUCAUCGGUGAUUUAUUCCAUCUCGCAAAUCAUGGUAACGUAUCAUUCACUACUUUCCUGAACUUGACGAAAUAUUUGAGCCAAGAAACGCAAUAUGUGCCUUGGACAACUGCCGGAAGAGCUCUUCUCUAUCUUGACCGUAUGCUUCUUUUGGAUGAGAAUUACGGAGAUUAUCAAGCAUAUGUACGUCUCCUUGUAAAUGCAGCUGUGAGAGACGUUGAUUGGAUAACUAUGAGAGAAGAUCGCAAUGAAGAGAAACAUUUGUUACGCGGAACCUUGGGGGAAAUUGCUUGUCAUGUUGAACAUGAAUUAUGUUUACUCACUGCUAGAGUGUUAUUCACACUAUGGAUGUCGGAACCUGUGACGAAUCCCAUACCGCCUGGUUUGAGAUCAGUCGUCUACUGUACAGCUAUCCGAUUUGGUGGGCAAGCAGAAUGGAAAUUUCUCAGAAGUCAGUACAAUGUUAAUGAGACGGAAGAUGUUGAAAAAGAAAAUAUCUUGACGGGAUUAUCUUGUUCUCGUGAUAUAUGGACGAUGAAACUAUACUUUGAUUGGAUUAAACAAGACAAACAAUACUGGUCAGCGAUUCCUGAAUUCGCAGUAUCUCCAAUCGGUAACAGAAUGUUGUGGGACUAUGUGCAUGAAGCGGUCAAAUCUUUGAAAACUGGCAUGGAAAAUUCAACACGUUCCCCAACUGAUAUUGAUGAAUUCACCAAAGAAGUGAUCCAGAGUCUUUCUAAUCCAUAUUACAGCUUGAAUAACAGAAAUGAUGGGGAAAAGCUUCAAGUUCAUAUUCAUGGAAAUGCAGAUACUAAAGACUCCUAUUUUAAUGGAUCUGUCACCAUAGAGAUUCAGUGUUUAGCAGCAACUGCAGAACUCUUUAUUCAUGCUUAUCCCAAUCUUAAUGUCAGUAGGGAUCAAAUCAAAAUAUUUUCAGACGAUAAGGAAGAUUCAAAGAAGACGGAAAUUCCAAUACAGACGAUAUCCUACGAUAAAGACGCUGAAUGGUACCAUAUACAGUUGAAAGAUGCACUACAACCCAAUGCAAGUUAUAAACUGAUAUUUGGUCAAUUUAAUUCUUCACUAAACUACGAACCGGUAGGAUUUUAUCUGAGUCGAUAUGCAGAAAAUGGAACUUAUAAGUACUUAGCAAGCACACAAUUUGAGUCAACUUAUGCAAGGCGUGUAUUUCCUUGUUGGGAUGAACCUGGAUUUAAGGCCGUAUUUCAGGUCACCAUCAUACGCCACAAGGAUUUCUAUACACUUUCAAAUAUGCCUGUUAACAACACGGUUGCGCUUCACGCUGACUGGCGUCAAGAUCAGUUUCAACCGAGUGUAAAUAUGUCUUCAUAUCUGUUGGCAUUUGUAAUUUGCCAAUUUCAUGGACUUCGUGCUGUUGAUUCAAAGGGAAGAAAUUUUACUGUUUGGGCAAGACCAGAGAAAAUUGAAUCAGCCAGGUAUGCUUUGGAUAUCGGUAGAAGAAUUCUUACAUACUUUGAAGAUUACUUUGGAGUUCCUUAUCCACUUCCGAAAAUGGAUUUGAUUGCAAUUCCUAAUUUUAAACAUGGCGCAAUGGAAAACUGGGGUCUAAUAACAUUUCGUGAAAGUGCACUGUUGUGGAAUCCGUAUACUGAUUCAGCUGAAUUGAAGGAAUAUGUGACAGUUGUUGUUACUCAUGAAUUAUCUCAUCAAUGGUUUGGUAACUUAGUGACGAUGAAGUGGUGGAACAACCUCUGGUUAAAUGAAGGUUUUGCAAGUUUUCUUCAAUACACUGGCACAGACUUUGUUCAACCACACUGGAAAUACGAUGAACAGUUCAUUUUUAACGGUUUGCAAAGAGCAAUGACCUCAGAUGCCUCGAUAGAAUCUCAUCCUGUUAUUAAUUCAGCUAACUCUCCAGACGAGAUCGAGGACAUUUUUGAUACAAUAACAUACAGUAAGGGUGCUUCGUUAAUCCGGAUGAUGAAGUCAUUUCUUGGAGAUGAUGUCUUCUUAAAUGGCUUGAAGAUCUACUUACAAGAAAACAAAUAUAAAAAUACGGACGCGGAAGAUCUAUGGAAGGCGUUGGAUCGUGCGGUCAAAAGUGUCAAUAAAGACAUCGACAUCAAAUCAAUCAUGGAUACUUGGACAAAGCAAAUGAAUUAUCCAAUUUUGAUUGUUAACCGAAGUGAUUCCAACACCUUCGAUUUCAAACAGAUUCAUUUCUAUGAGUCGUCUAAUGAUACUCUUAUGCCAUCCCCAUACAAUCAACCAUCAGCAGUAUGCACCAGUCAGGGUUCGGACCCAGGAGGUUCUGGUUAGAAGGCGAGCUCGUAGACCAUUAAAACAGUCGGAACCGAUCACAUGACCCAUGAAUUCUAAUUGAUUAGUUGGCAGUUGUUAAAACCCUGGAUUUCUUUGCUUCAUAUUUAAAAGAUGCAGUUAAAUUUUGUUCUGGCUAAAAUCCACUUAUCAGUUUU